AGCGGCUGCGGGCUCCCCACGUGCGCGGCGGCGGCGGCUGGGAUGGCGGCGCAGGUGAAGGACAAGGAGGCGCUGCAGCGGCUCAGCUUCCUCUACCAGGCGGCGCACUGCGUCCUGGCCCGCAGCCCCGACGGGCAGGAGCUGGCGCGCUUCUACUGCCACACGCAGCGCAGCGUCAGCCGCCGCCUCGUCCUCCGGCAGGACCCAUCGGUGAAGAGAACCAUGUGCAAAGCCUGCUCCUCCCUCCUUGUCCCAGGUGUCAGCGCCACCGUGCGCCAGAGAAGAUGCCGCCGCCAACGCUGGACGAUUGUGCGAUGCCUCACCUGUGGCCUGACCAAGCGCUUCCUGAACAACCCAGAGUAUAAGCUGUGGGCAGAGCAGCCUGAAGCCCUGCUGGAGAACCAGCCUCAGUGUGAAGUCCACAGGCCUCCACCAGCCAUCCAAGGAGCCUCCAGCACAGAAGGGCAAAGCUUUGAGCGGGACUUUGGGCUUCCAGAGCCAGAACACCUCGGAGGGAACCACAGAGGCCACAAGGCAGAAGGGGAAAGGAGAUGCAGGUGGAAGAUGAUGCCCGCACCCUUGAAGCAGCCAUCUGCAGAGGGCACUGACUUUUCUGUGUGGUCCCAGUCAGCAAGGACCAUGCUGGGAAGAAGAAAACUCCAGGAGACUCAUUAUGAAUGAGGGUCAGAGACUGAUUUGGAGAAGGAGUGAAAGAGACUUUUUUCUUUAGAGACUGGCUGGCAAAGGGGAGGCAGGACACACGGUGUAGGGUCUCUUCCCUCUAAAGGAUGCCAGCUGCAGUCCAGCCCCAGGGCCAGUGGAAAGAGUCUGAUCUUGCGAUGGGGGAGGUUUUGCACCAUGAAAUAAAAUUAUCUAGUCACAUGCAGCAUUUCCCAGCCCUUCUUGUCUGGAUUUAAAUUAGGACAAAAGUGAAGAAAAGGACAAUGGGGGAGAGGGAGCCCUCUGUCCCAGGCUAAGAUCUGUGACACAGAAUCAAGGGAAGACGGGAGCUUCUGUCUGUGCCCAUCACACGGUAACUUGAACACUGCAUCUGCUCAGCAGCAGGAUUUCAAGGAAUGUUGGAGGCAUCCAAAGGCAGAAGCUUGUUGAUUCUGGGUUGAGGGAUUCAAAAAACAAGGUGAGGGAAAUGGAAGAUAUGGAGAGCCAGCCCCUGCUGUCCUGUUUUGUCAGAGCUCUAUGCAAGGACUGAGAAGCAUCAUCAGAGUCUUGCCAGAGAUAUGGCAGAGGUAGAGACAGGGCAGCACCUAAGUGGUCGGUAAGGUCCACCCAAGGAGACUUAGGAAAGAGAGAGAGGGAACAUGCCAGCAUAAGAAAAGAUUCCUCCCUGGAACAGGAAAACUAUCCAGGCUAGAAAGCAGCAAGAAACCCCUCUCCCCACAGCUUGCUUCCCACCUUGUUGUCCCUCCCCACAGCCAUGGGAUCCUGACAAAGGGGCUCAUUCCCUUGUACUUACUCACUGUGAUGACUAAUGAGCAGUGUGGAGAAUCCUUGCUCUCUGGGAACACACUGGCCAGCUGCAUCUGAGUAGGUGAAGGAGGAGAGGAAACUGGCAUGUGUAGAUGCCCAGUGUGCCCUCUGCCCUGCCUCUGCUUCCACAUCCAAUGGCAGCAGAAGGCCACAGCUGGGGCUCUGCCCAGCCCGACCAAUUCAGUCAACGCUGGGUAAAGAUAGAGCAUUGUCACUGUCACUCCAAUUGUAGCAUCAUAGAAAAGUAGGGUUGGAAGGGACCUCGGGAGGUCAUCCAGCUUAGCCAAGGGCGAUUUGGGUUGCGGGUAGUAGGGGUGCAACAGUGUGGUUACACCCCCAUUUUUCUGCUCAGCACCUAGUCAGUGCUGGCUCCUGCCAGAGCUCUGCGUGUGCAGGGAGCUCUGAACUCACCAACUGAUUGAUGCAGCUCCGGCAGGAACCAACCCUUUCACAUGACUCCAGAGCUCUGGAUGGACACAGCUACUAAUCGCCACCUCUGUCCACCACCCUCACCCCCAACCCACUGAAUUCAGCAGCAGGGGAAACAACAGGAUGAGCAGCAGCCUGAAAGCCUGUUCUCCAGGAUCCCACAUCUCCCCUGUGCUACCAAACAUGGUCAACAGUGUAAUUUGAACUCGGAGGAAAAAAACUAUAGUAAGGGACAGAAGUGACAGGGAAAGAACACAGUGUAUGGGAGAAUUCUUGUCAGUGGGGAUUUCUAGCACACUCAGGCCCUCUCUAUGCUUUACAUGUAUCAUGAAAUUACUGGGUUAAAUUUGAAAUUAAUUUAGACUGGCUACACAUGCAAAUGAAGUAUCGUGCCAUAAAAAGGUCCAACCAGCUAUAAAGUUAUUGCUGGAAACUGUGUAGUAACUAUAUAGGUGGUUGCUAUUGAGUUGGAAUGUACACAUGUAAGUUAGAAGCUCUGUCAGCUGACUGGACUCCCAGCUGCAGGGGUGCACCAUGCACAGCCAUGGUUGUGAGGACUGCAGCUGAAGGGACUCUCAGCCCAGCAGUGCCCUGCAGCUGCAGAUGCUGGGUACCUGGGCACUCAAGGCCCCCAGGGUAUGUGGUGUGUGCACUCUGGCUGGGAGAGGAAAACAACUGCCAGAGCUUGCUUCUUGCCAGUGCAGAGGGAGCCUGGGAUCAGGCCUCCCCAUCACCAGUAAUAAGGCACAAUGACAUCUAAUGCAUGAUUUUACAAUCAUACCUUGUGCCAUGCAUGUCUGACAUGGAAGGAGGUGCGAUUCCUUGGAUCACAUAUUAGAUCCCAUCACGCCUUUACCUGCAUGUGUAGUGGGAACCUCAAAGACAGACUGGCACAGUUCCCAGUCUUGCCAGCCCCAUGUUGUCUGCCCAUCCAAAUAAAGCCUGUGCCCUGGGCCAGCUAGGGUCUAGACACUGUAUUUCCUUGUAGACUUCUGAAUUAGUGUGGUAGAGCUGUCUAUUUCAACACAGCUUUGGACUUCAGGAAGAAGCAGUUGGUUCAAUGAUAGGCAAAGCCACAAACCAAGUCUAACCUGGCUCUGCCCCAGCUCUUAAAGGAUGUAGCUCCUGCCAGGUCUAUCCCUGAAGGCCAGACCAUUCCUGCCCAAAAGCCCCUGCAUGUGCAUCCAGGCAAAGUGUGCUGUUCAGCUCCAAACCCUGCUGGAUGAUUCUCUACUUUAGGUCUGACCCCUCCAGGCGUUGUUACCAGCUUACACCUCCACAGGGCUCCAAGCGGUCAGAAGCAGCCCUUCCCAUGGCUAGA